AUGGGCUUGAAGCAUUAAGGUCUCGCCCCUAUUCUGCAUUCUAGUGCAGCCCUGGUUACGCCUCUUAUGGCUCAGUCACACAGCUACGUAUAGGUGACUGGAGGUAUAUAGUUGUCCUCACCUGGAUUGUGCUGAUGUGGCCCCAACCCCACCUCCCUACCCAUCCCAUGAUGUCCAAAGAAACCCAACAGAGCAAACUGGCCGAGGCCAAGGAAAAGUUGAGAGACCCUCAUCCCCAGACCAACCCCAGUGUUGGUACAGGAGCAAGCGACACCAAAAAGAAGAAAAUAAAUAAUGGCACUAACCCUGAGACAACAACUUCUUGUGGUUGCCACUCGCCUGAGGAUGAAAAGAAGGCAAGCCACCAACAUCAGGAAGCCCUAAGGAGGGAGCUAGAGGCCCAGGUUCAUACCAUACGAAUCCUUACGUGUCAGAAAACGGAGCUUCGGACGGCACUCUAUUACAGCCAGCAUGCUGUCAAGCAGUUGGAAGGAGAGUCCAGGGAUCUGAUCAGCCGCCUGCAUGAUUCAUGGAUGUUUGCAGGAGAGUUAGAGCAGGCUCUCUCUGCUGUGUCUACACAGAAGAAGAAGGCGGAUAGGUACGUGGAGGAGUUAACAAAGGAGAGGGACGCCCUGAGUCUGGAACUGUACAGGAACACCAUAACCGAUGAGGAGUUGAAGCAGAAAAAUGCCGAACUACAGGAAAAACUUCGACUUGUAGAAUCUGAAAAGUCUGAGAUCCAGCUCAACAUAAAGGAGCUAAAAAGGAAGCUGGAGAGGGCCAAGCUCCUGCUGCCACAGCAGCAGCUGCAGGCGGAGGCUGACCACCUGGGUAAGGAGCUGCAGAGUGUGUCAGCAAAGCUCCAAGCCCAGGUGGAAGAGAACGAGUUGUGGAACCGCCUGAACCAGCAACAACAGGAGAAGAUGUGGAGGCAGGAGGAGAAGAUACGGGAGCAGGAGGAGAAGAUGUGGGAGCAGGAGGAGAAGAUGCGGGAGCAGGAGGAGAUGAUGCGGGAGAAGGAGGAGAAGAUGCGGGAGAAGGAGGAGAAGAUGCGGGAGAAGGAGGAGAAGAUAUGGGAGAAGGAGGAGAAGAUGCGGGAGAAGGAGGAGAAGAUGCGGGAGAAGGAGGAGAAGAUAUGGGAGAAGGAGGAGAAGAUGCACGAGCAGGAGAAGAUACAGGAGCAGGAGGAGAAGAUAUGGAGGCAGGAGGAGAAGAGGCAAGAGCAGAAGGAGAAGAUACGGGAGUAGGAGGAGAAGAUAUGGAGGCAGGAGGAGAAGAGGCAAGAGCAGAAGGAGAAGAUACGGGAGCAGGAGGAGAAGAUGUGGAGGCAGGAGCAGGGGGAGAAGAUGUGGAGGCAGGAGGAGAAGAUACGGGAGCAGGAGGAGAAGAUACGGGAGCAGGAGGAGAAGAUACGGGAGCAGGAGGAGAAGAUGCAGAGGCAGGAGCAGGGGGAGAAGAUGUGGAGCCAGGAGGAGAAGAUACGGGAGCAGGAAGAGGAGAUGUGGAGGCAGGAGGAGAAGAUACAGAAGCAGGAGAAGAGGCAGGAGCAGGAGGAGAAGAUGUGGAGGCAGGAGGAGAAGAUACAGAAGCAGGAGGAGAUGAUGCAAGAUCAGAAGGAGAAGCUGCGGGAGGCGGAGGAGAAGAUGCAGGAGGACGAGGAGAAGAUGCAGGAGCAGGAGGAGAAGAUACGGAGGCAGGAGGAGAAGAUCCGGGAACAGGAGGAGAAGAUGUGGAGGCAGGAGGAGAAGCUGUGCAAGCAGGAAGAGAAGAUACGGGAGCAGGAGGAGAAGAUGUGGGAGAAGGAGGAGAUGAUGCAGGAACAGGAAGAGAAGAUGUGGGAACAGGAGGAGAAGAUGCAGGAACAGGAGGAGAAGAUGCAGAGGCAGGAGGAGAAGAUGCGGAGGCAGGAAAUGAGGCUGUGGCAGCAGGAGGAGAAGAUGCAGGAACAGGAGGAGCACCUGGAAGCUGCCAUCUACCAAGCAGAUGACAAGAAGGCAAAGACAAUCAGCAUGUAAAAGCCGGCAGCAAGGCCUGGAGAAGAGUAAGCCGCCAUGUGACUGUUUAGAAUAUAGUCUCAGCACAAACCUGAAAAAAAAAAUUUAUUUAUUUUAAAUUGUGGCAAAAUACUGGCCAGGCACGUGGCUCAUGCCUGUAAUCCCAGCAAUUUGGGAGGCUGAGGUGAAUGGAUGACCUGAGGUCAGGAGUUCAAGACCAGCCUGGCCAAUACAAAAAUUAGCCGGGCAUGGUGGCGCAUGCCUGUAAUCCCAGCUACUUGGGAGGCUGAGGCAGGAGAAUCGCUUGAACCUGGGAGGCAGAGGUUGCAGUGAGCUGAGAUCGUGCAACUGCACUGAAGCCUGGGUGACAGAGCAAGACUCUGUCUCAAAAAAAAAAAAAAAGUU